AUGUCGAACCAGCCGUUCUCCUUCCCUCCACCUCCGCCGCCGCCUCCCAAGCGAAGCACACAAGGUGCCUUUCAACAGAACAGCGGGCCUCACAAUAACAGAGGCUCAUUCAGAGGUGGCCAUUCUUCCAGAGCGAAUACCCGAGGCGGACGCGGAGGCUACGGGGGAGGACAGCAUGCAUCCUUUGCUCCCUCCGGUAACUAUCAGCGACCUCAACCCAGACCAUUCGAAAAUGGGCCACGCCGGGGCUCCUUCACAAACGCUCCGCAAAAAAGGAACCAUACCACUGCCUUUCCCUCGGCGAACCAGCCUCGACCUCGGCCGGUGGCUCCUCCUGCCGUUCCGAGUUUCAAUGCCUCAAUACAACACCUUCUACCGCGUAAAGAGCCCUCCGAGCCAAAAAGUCAAAGUAUCUCUAAACCUAGGAAACAAAACCUACUCGGUCUGACCCCGUCAUCCCAGGAUCAAACCUCUGACUCGGAAGAUGACGAGGGCGAGGAAGAGCGUCUUGCUGCCCAGAUAAAAUCUGACGGACAAGCCCUACAGUUCGAAUACAAGGGACAUACUGCUACCCUCCGCACUCCGGAGGAAAUUGCGGCUUGGAUUGCGGAGAGAAAGAAACGCUUUCCUACGCAAGCCAAGGCGGAGGCAGCAAAGAAAGAGGCCGCGGAGAAGAGGCGAAAAUGGGAAGAGGAAAAGCAGGCUAGACUGGAUGCGAAAAAGGAGGCUUGGACACGAAGGGAGCAAGAGCGCAAAGAGCAAGAGAGGGCAAGAGCACAACAGAGACAGGCCGAGCAGCUAGAGAAGGAGGGUCAAACAAAGCAGAAAGAAAAGGCUCUAGAUCCGACUGCUUUGGCCAAGUUGCAAGCCGAGAAGCUGCGAAAGAAAGCUCUCAGAGCGGAGCGCCAGUUAGCCAAAGCAGAGGAAGCAUUGCGGUUGGCCGAGGCAAAGGCGAGUUCUUCGUCUGCACAGUCUUCUGCAGACGUGGGAAAACUUUUGGGCACGGAAACUGAGGCUCUGGACACCCUCUCAGGCUCCGAUAUGAUCGAAUCUGACUUCACAUCGUCCUCCGGCUCGUCAGGCACAGACUCCGAUUCAGAAGACGGGUCUAUCUCCGAAGAAGCCUCCGACUCCGACCCCAGCUCCGCUCCAGAAGUUGUAAGCACCAAGAAAGCAGCUCUGGCGGCUGACCAGGCUGCUCUUCCGGCUUCCAAGAGACCCGCGCCUCCAUUGCGCCCCUGCAAAAACCUGAUCAAGUUUGGCCGGUGCAAAUACGGCUCGAACUGUCGCUUCUCACACGAAAAGACCAAGGGUAGCGUCGACACUGAAAAGACCCCCAGGAGCGGCAGGGCAGAAACCAAGGGCACCAAGAAGAAUGACUUGUCGGCAGGUAGCGGCAGGAGGAAAAGUCUCUGGCAGGUCCUGGUCGAGUCGCAACAAGAAGAGGAGAGAAAAAGGCUGCUGGAAGCCAUCAUUAUCCUUGGUGAGAAGGGUAUGCUUGAUGACCCUGCGGCGAGAUGA